AUGUCCGCGACAGUGGAGCGGGUCAUGGCCGACGCAAAGAACGCCGAGCAGCAGCAUCGAGUCGAGGCAGAGACAGCCAUGCGAAAGCUGGAGGAGCAGCGCGAAGCAGAGCGCCUCAAAUUCGAGCGCGAGCUGGAGCGGAGGACGAAGGAGCUCGAGCGUGACAAGAAGCGCAAGGAGCUUGAGAUGAAGGCCGAGCGGAAGGCCGAGCAGGUCCGCUCCUUUCGGCGCGAGCAGGAGCUAAAGGAAGAGGUUCUUCAGAUGAAGCUGCAAGCGCGGCAGGUGGGGGAGGCGAUGGUUCGCAGCUUGGAGGAGGGAGACCUGAUGCGACCUCCCAGCUGGCCGAACUUCGAUCCUCCCUGCGACAGCGCGCGGAGCAUGCCGCUGCCCCGCUCCCACUCAAGGCUGCACGAG